AUGUGUUCACAGGUGAUGGAAAAGGACAAUACAAGUUCUUUUGAAGGCUUCAUCUUGGUGGGCUUCUCUGACCGUCCCCACCUGGAGCUGAUCCUCUUUGUGGUUGUCCUCAUCUUUUAUCUGCUUACUCUUCUUGGCAAUGUGACCGUCAUCUUGCUUUCAGCUCUGGAUUCUCAACUGCACACACCAAUGUAUUUCUUUUUGGUCAAUCUCUCAUUCCUGGACAUGUGUUUCACCACAGGCAUCAUCCCUCAAAUGCUCUACAACCUUUGGGGCCCUAACAAGACCAUCAGCUAUGUGGGUUGUGCCAUCCAGCUCUACUUUGUCCUAGCCCUGGGAGGGGUGGAAUGUGUACUCCUGGCUGUCAUGGCAUAUGACCGUUAUGCUGCAGUCUGCAAACCCCUGCACUACACUGUCAUUAUGCACCCACAUCUCUGUGAGCAGCUGGUUUCAGUGGCAUGGUUGAGUGGCUUUGGCAAUUCUCUCAUAAUGGCCCCCCAGACAUUGAUGCUACCCCGCUGUGGGCACAGACGGGUGGACCACUUUCUCUGUGAGAUGCCAGCACUAAUUGGUAUGGCCUGUGUAGAUACUAUGACCCUUGAGGCUCUGGCUUUUGCUUUGGCAAUCUUUAUCAUCCUGGCACCACUCAUCCUCAUCCUCAUCUCUUACAGUUAUAUUGCACGGGCAGUGCUUAGCAUAAAGUCAGCUGCUGGGCGAAAGAAAGCCUUCAACACUUGCAGCUCCCAUCUAGUUGUUGUUUCUCUCUUCUAUGGUACAAUCAUAUACAUGUACCUCCAGCCAGCAAACGCUUAUUCCCAGGACCAGGGAAAGUUUCUUACUCUUUUCUACACAAUUGUCACUCCCAGUGUUAACCCCAUAAUCUAUACACUGAGAAACAAAGAUGUUAAAGAGGCUGUGAAGAAGGUGCUAGGGAAGGGGAGUGCAGAAGUAUAG